AUGGAGGAUCGAGCAGUACGGAAAAUUGAUAAGCAAUCUUUCGCUAAGGAACACUCUUUCAAGUUACUGAAUAAGCUAAAUUUGUUGAAAAAGCGAGGUUUAAUGUGUGAUGCGACUCUAAAGGUUGGAGGAAAGGAAUUUCCAGUUCACCGAAUCAUACUGUCAGCCGCCAGUCCAUAUUUUCAAGUCAUGUUUACAAGUGGUCUGGCAGAAAGCCAUUUGGAUCAUGUAGAAAUUCACGGCAUAAAUGCGGACGUUUUCAGCACUGUUCUCGAUUUUAUCUACACCGGAAAAGUAGUUGUGAACGAAGGUAAUGUUCAACAGCUUUUACCCGCAUCGAAGAUGCUUCAAGUAGACGAUAUUGAGGUUAUGUGUUGUGACUUCUUGAAACGUGAACUAGAUCCUUCAAAUUGUGUGGGCAUUUACAUGUUUUCCGACACCCAUUCGUGUACUUCGUUGUCCAAAUCGGCGCUGGGCUUUAUUCACAGAAACUUUGUCGAAGUUUCAAAACAGGAGGAGUUUGUGCAACUCACCAAAAAAGCAUUAUUUCAAAUUCUAGAAUCAGAAGAACUUAAAAUUGAAUCUGAGGAACAAGUCUUUGAGGCUGCUAUGCGUUGGGUGUUACAUGACAUUUCUCGAGGGCGUGAGUCACUAGGGCAAAUCCUUGAACGCAUAAGACUCCCGCUUAUCUCUCCAAAAUUCCUUGAAAAGUACCUUCUCAUCUGUGAAAGUGCAAGUAUUCAGAGGAUGUUAACGGGAAUUCUUGAUGGAUAUAGAAGUUACCAAGCUUUAGGACAUGGGCUACAGAAAGCACAUACACAACCAAGGCAUGCUUCAAGAAAGUGUUUUUAUAUCAUAGGAGGGUACAGUCGUCGAGUAGGUGGAAGGUGGAGUGACACGUCAUCGCUUUCGACUGUUGAGAAGUUUGAUUCCUUUUCACAAACCUGUGACAGUUUUUCAACACCACAGAUGAGCUUUGCUCGCAGUGGGCAUGCAGUAGCUUCUGCUGGGGGGUUAAUUUAUGCCAUUGGUGGAGAGAAUGACUCUCUUAUUUAUGAUACUGUGGAAUGCUAUGACCCUGCUUCUAGAUCUUGGUCACUUGUUGCUCCUUUGACAGCUCCGCGUGUGGCGUGUGGAGUAUGUGUUGUUGAAGACUUCUUGUUUGUGAUUGGUGGCUGGGUUGGGGCUGAGAUUGCAGAGGAUAUUGAAAGGUAUGAUCCAGAUCUUGAUCAUUGGGAAGUAGUUGGAAAAGUAGAAACAAAGAGGUUUCAUCUGGGAGUUACAGAAAUGAAUGGACUGAUAUAUACAGUAGGUAGGUCACCUUUUCUAUGAAUAAGAGUGGAUUUCCUCUGUCGCUUAAUUUUCACGUGCGCAUGCGUAAUAAGAAAGAGGCAAUCUACGGAAGGUCACACAUAAACAUUGAAGUUGAACCUUGUUCAACUUUUUUGUUUAUGCACGGCCUUUCAUACACUGCUUCUAUUUUACUAGCCUGAGUAUCAGGCGUUUCUGGGGAAAAGGGGAAAGAUGGAAGCGAAAAAGGGAGAGAGGCGAAGGAGAGAAACGCCUGACACAGAUGCUUUUACUGGAGCCUUCCACCCCCACACAGCAUGAUUCGAUACCAUCCAAUCAAAAUCACUUCCGGUGAUUGGGUUGUCAGCUUCACGUGUCAAAAAGCUCGCCUAAAAUAAAUCUCACUUUACGGUCUGGCCUUUGGUCUGGCCGAGCUCGGUGCUUGUGUUGCUACGAUUUCGCUUUUUUCUGAAACCUCCAAUGAGGAGUUUUCGAAUACUUGUACUGUAAAACCUGCCAUUUAUGAGGAACUAUAACAUGUUUUAGGAAUUGUGCUAGUGUAAGAUCGCCAACGCUCUGUUUGUAAAUAAACGUGUGCCCGGAAAAUAGUAAAUUGCUUUUGUUUACAGAGUUAAAUCAGACGCUUGUCUGGCAGCUAAAAAGCUGAUGUUAUCCCUUUCUCGGGUGGUUGAAAGGAGCUGCAAGAAUAAAUAGGAAGGUGCAAUGAUGAAACACCUAUGCUUAGAAAUUAUCAAGCAGCAGCAAAUUCCACCACUUCACAGAGAGCUCGUGAAAGCUGUUACAAGUUCAAAAAGAAGUGAGAUCCUAUAGCAAAGGUCAAUCCCGUUGGCGAAGUAUGAUGGCGCCCGCUUGAGCUUAAGACAUUUAAAAAGCGAGAAAAUUUUGGAAGAGGAAGCGAACGAAUUCCAAUCACGUACGCUAUCGUAACCGCAACGAGCAAAGUCAAGCUUUUUAAAAGCAUUUGUGCUGUCGGUUAUCUCAAUACACGGCUAGACCUCGCUCUAUUUUCAUUUACAGUAACAAUACCCUUUUAACGGCAGGAUGUUGUAAAUCUGAACUUAAAUAUCUGAAACACUGAUAUCGUCUUCUUUGUCCCGGUCUUGUGAAACCAUAUGAGGCUUUUCCAUACUCCGAGUACAUCUUUCCUUUAAACUACGAGGCCUUGAAAACACAAUUCUUGCUCGGGUUUUAGAGCCUUUUUGAAUUCCUCUCUGCGUCUCUGUCUGUGAAAGUAUCACAUACCGGUAACAUGAAAUCAAAACAUCUACGAAAAAUUUCAAUGACCGUCUCCUUGCCGAUCGCUCUUGCGGUCGGUGACGUCAAGGGGGUAUUGUGUGUUAUCCAAUCACUGCCACAUCCAGAUUUUGGAUGUGUCACACGAUUUGCUGAAUGGUUUUGUGUCAGGCCUUCCUUUCUCUUCUCCCCCUCCCCCCUCCCCCAUAGGAAGGCCUGAUACUCAGGCUACUAUUUUACUAUUUUUUUACACCUAUCUAUUAUUUUUUUACACCCAUAAAAUUUACUUGAAUUUGCACUUGAAAAUUACGUGACAGUGAGAUCCAUCAUAACACAGGGUUCAACCUUUUUUAACCUUAUUGCUCAAUUAGCUUACAGUGCAGGCAUUUGUGAGGGAACAUGAACCCUUAAAAUUUCAUUCUUGUUAUGUGGUGAGUUUCACAAAGGGAGCUUGAAAGGGUAAUCCUUUAAAGUGCAUUAAUAUAAAUCUCCUUACUCUUCCUCUUAUACUAAAAGAGAUGUUGUUCAAUAUGAAACUUACUCUUCUUGGUAAAAAAAUUGCUUUGGGAUUAUCUUUCUCCAAUACUAGUGUUAACAUCAAAGUUGCAAGCAUCAGAGAUAAACUUUAAAAAAACUGUUAGACUGAGCAGCUAUAAAAAAAAAAGAAGAAACAAACUACAGUACUCCAUUAUGGUCUUCUUCGAUUUUGUCCACCCUUUAUAUUUUGUAUAUUUAACUGUUGCACAUGAUUAUUUUCUUAUUUCUUUCCAUAAUGAGGCUAGUCCGUGGUGUUUGAUGUAAACUGCAUGACACAGCUCCUUUAAGUAAAUUACAAAAAAAACAGAGAGCUAGCUCACUAAAAGCACUGUACUGUAGGCUAUUGCUCAACAAAAUGUUGAGCAUUAUAAAUGAGUAGAAAGCUCAUUCAACACAUGUACAGUGUAACAAAUUGACUGCCAUCAUUCAACAAGCUGCUGCUUUUAUGAUUUUAUGCUCUCUGGUGAUCUCUGCCUAGAAAUUUUAAAACCUACAGUAUCUUCGUUUUCACUAAUGUAUUAAUAAUGCUCAACAUGUUGCUUGGCCUGUUUUGACAUGACACUUUGUCGACUACAGGUUUAAUAUGUAUGAUAAAUAUUCAAUGCGGAAGUUAUUUUUAGCUGCUGCUUUUUGUUCUUAAAUCACAGGAGGGUUGAGUGAAUUAGGGGAUGAACUCAAAGUGAGCGAGUGUUACAACCCUGUCAGUGAAACUUGGAUGAGACUACCCGACAUGCAUCACAGGAGAGCAUACCUUGGACUGACAGCCUUGGAAGGCAGCCUGUAUGCUGUAGGUGAGGAAAAGAUUGAGACUUCACUGGAGUAGGCUGUGAUCCUUUUGGCCGGUGCCACAGAUCUAGAGCUCUUGCUAGGGCCUGAAGCAGGAAGUCUGUAAAACACAUACUUUCAGCUUUUUGUUCAGCCUCUCAGAAAUUUUAAACAAUCACUUUUAGCCUUGUUAACAAAAAUUUGAAGCUGUUACAGUUGCAUGCUGUCCUGGUCCUAUCCAGAGCUCUUGAUCCAGUGUACUGUCCAAAAGGUCAGCGGCUACAAGAAUAGCUAAGGCCAAAAGCCAAGUGGGAACUUGUAAAAAUGUAUUUCUGAAGUAAAGUUUGCUGGUAAGCAGAAAACUAUGAAAAAACAUGUCACCUCAAUGAGUUGUACACUGUACACCUGAGCCAUAUGGUCAGCAGAUACCCUAUUUUGAAAUUGGUCACAACUUGGUUAUUGAAUAUCAAGUUUUAACAUUUUAAAUACAUUUUGUAUAUGCCUGAGACUUUUAAGCUUAGCAAGUAAGACAUUUCACAUCCGUUAACAUGAAGGGGCAGAUACAAUUUCUUGGAUGCAUAGAUAACCAAUUGUUCUAAGACAUGGUGCUCCAUUGCUUACACUGUGUAUGCAGGAGAGCUCCAAAAGAAUAAUGACAUGGUCACUGAGUACAUUAAUGCAUGCUAUCAGCCUCCUUCCCAGGGAUCUCUCCUAACCAUUCCUACAGAGCGAGAGAGAAAGGUAGGAGAGAGAACCUGGGAACAAGGUUGGCAUGGUACUUGUUUUUGAGUAUUUUUACAUUUACGAAUAAGCCAAAAAUUUAAAGUAGCUCUAUUCUGGUUUUUAUUUUGACCUUGAAUGCUAAUAGAAGCCAAAUGGUUAAAUUUACAUUUUUCAAUAAUAAUUUAUUACUAACAGGCGGCUGUAAUGAACUGGAAGGAACCCUAUCCAGUGUGGAACAGUUUGACCUUCAAAGAAACCAGUGGACAGAGGUGAUUCCCAUGGAAAAACCAAGAGCAGGUUUGUCAUUAGCAGUCAGCAGUGGACUUUUGUAUGUGUUUGGUGGGCGGACGGCAAGUGAAGAGUACUCCCCUCCUGUGACACUAACAGGUGUUGAAUUGUAUGAUCCAAAGAAACAGAAAUGGAAGCAUGUUACUGAUUUGUGUUUUAGUCGGUGUGAUUUUGGCAUUGGUAUUGUGUAA